AUGAGGAUAAAAGAAAAGGAUCUACCAGAACGCAUUACCAGGGUACAGCAGGGUUCAGUGCUGGGUCCACUACUGUUUAUUAUUUACAUUAACGACCUACAUAAUGCAAUCAAACAUUCUAGUACAUUUCAAUUUGCGCAUGACACUAGCAUGCAAUGUUGCGGCAAAUCUUCGAAAACUCUUAAUAAGCAAGUUAAUGAGGACUUGAAAUUACUACUACAUUGGCUAAUAGUCAACACAAUAUCUCUGAAUGUAGCCAAAACAGAACUUAUUCUAUUCAGAAACAAAAAUAAAACUGUGAAUAAACGUUUAAAUUUUAGGCUUAGUGGUCAACGCUUACAUCUUUUAGAAGAAGUACUCUAUCUUGAUAUGAUUCUCGACGAACAACUAAGUUGGAAUGGUCAUAUAACUUUAUUGAUCCAGAGGCUUGCACGAGCAACUGGAAUCCUGCCGAAAUUAAGACAUUUUGUAAACUACGAGACACUUCUCUUAGUUUACUACGCUCUAUUUGAUUCUCAUAUUGGACAUAGUUUUUAA